AAGCUAGAUGUAGGUCUUCUUCUAACCGCAUGUUUGGAAAUUCGUUUGAAAAACACGAUGUAGUUAAAAUUACGAAGGACGGAAACCAAAACUACCAUUUUACACUUAAAUAUUCUAAGAUGGAUGCAUGUUACGUGACAUGGAUCCAUGAAGAAAGAGGAGCAAGGACUUAUUAAAAUGAGUUAAUGACACAUUCUCAUCUCAUCUCUCUGGCACUGCCAGGUGACUAAAGUAACCACAGCAAGUUUCACUCUUUGCCAAGUUCUCUCUGUCUCUUUUUUUUUUCUUCCAUUUUGCCAGCUUUGUUUAUCACUAUUAGUUUCAGAGAGUCAUGUCAUAGUUAAUGCUAUAAAAAUUUCCGAAUACAAACAGAGCCAUAACUACACUAGCUAUUACUCACGCAGUACAGAACAAGAGAGAUUGUGCAGGAAACACGUACCCCUUUAAUUCUAUUAAUAUUAAAAUGUUCCAAUUCAUUUGACUCACUUUGGUUUGUUUUGAUAAAGUACUACUAUACUCAUUCACGUCUUUGUUCCAUUUUUAGCACAUAAGAGAUUUUCUUGGUCUGAGUGACACCACAGAGAGAUGGUGAGUGGAAUGCGGUGUGAUUUGAACCACAGCCAUUUCUUCCUCAAGUUUGCAGUGUCAUGUCUCUUUCUGGGUCUCGCUUUCCGCCUCCUCUUCACGGGCUCGUUAACCUUGUUAUCUGUGCUGCUGCACAAUACUCCUCCUCUUGAUCAAAAUGCAGUAGCAGAGUCUCCCUUGUUUUCUCUUCCCUCUCUGAAACCUCAUGAUUCUGUUGAUUUUCCUGGAAACCACAGCCAAACCUCUCCAAAAGAUGCAGAAAAAUGUGAUCGUUUUGUGGGAGAUUGGGUGAGGGACCAAUCUGGUCCAUUGUACACAAAUGAGAGCUGCCAUAUGAUUGAAGGUCAUCAAAAUUGCAUGAGAAAUGGACGCACUGAUUUGGAGUACCUUCACUGGAGGUGGAAGCCAAGGGGCUGUGAAUUACCCAAGUUUAGUCCUCAGAAAUUUCUUGCUAUUAUGAGGCAUAAAUCAUUUGCCUUCAUUGGUGAUUCCAUCUCCAGGAACCAUGUCCAAUCGCUAAUUUGUAUUCUCUCACAGGUAGAAGCAGCUGAUGAGGUGUACCAUGAUGAGGAAUACAGAUCAAAGAUAUGGAAGUUCCCUUCCCACAACUUCACACUCUCAGUGAUAUGGUCCCCUUUCCUCCUCAAAUCAGAUAUAUUUGAGGACAUGAAUGGAGUUUCCUCCUCAGAAAUAAACCUUUAUCUUGACAUUCUGGACAACAAUUGGAACAAUCAAUACAAGAAUUUUGAUUAUGUUGUGAUUGCUGGUGGAAAAUGGUUCCUCAAGACAGCAAUAUACCAUGAAAACAACACAGUAACUGGCUGCCAUUACUGCCCUGGAAAGAAUCUAACAGAGCUAGGAUUUGACUAUGCGUACCGUAAAGCAAUGGAGCUUGUUUUUUAUUUCAUGGCAACAAACUCUAACCACAAGGCAAUAGUUUUUUUCAGAACCAGUACUCCAGAUCACUUUGAGAAUGGGGCUUGGUUCAGUGGAGGAUAUUGCAAUAGGACAGUGCCCUUCAAAGAGGGUGAAGUAGAAAUGAGUUAUGUAGAUUCUGUCAUGAGAGGUAUUGAAAUUGAAGAGUUUGACAAGGCUGAAAGGUCCCUAGGUUCAAACUUGAGACUCUUGGACACAACUACACUCUCAUUGUUGAGACCUGAUGGGCAUCCGGGGCCAUAUAGAGAGUUAGAUCCAUUUGCGAAGGCUAAAUUGCAGAAUGAUUGUCUUCAUUGGUGUUUGCCAGGACCAAUUGACUCCUGGAAUGACAUAUUAAUGCAAAUGCUGUGAUCAUUUAUGCAUAUACACUAAUAGCAUGUUUACAUCAGCUUAUUUUUCUCAAUCAAUUCUGAAGGCCAAAAGCUAUUUACAGAAGCUUCUUUCAGAUUUGCUUUAGAAUGUUUCCUGAUGUUUCCCUCUUGAUGUGGACUCGCCCCCAUAUCAUGACCGGAUAUGUUUCAGAAGCCUUAAAUGAUUGAUUUAAACCAAGCUUUAUAUGGUCUAACAUUUUUUUCUUCAAAAUGGUUGGU